AUGCAGGACACUCAGGGAUCUUCUAGCCAUGCUACCAUCGGUAUCCUCGCGCUGCAAGGAGCAUUCGCGGAGCACCAGACGAUGCUCCAGAAAGUAUCCAAGCACCAAGUCACCACGAUCCUCGUCCGCACUCCCGAAGACCUAGCGCAAUGUGAUGCCCUGAUCAUCCCAGGCGGAGAAUCCACAACAAUCGCACUCCUCGCUAAACUCUCCGGCCUCCUCGAACCCCUGAAAGAAUUCGUCCAAACGAAAGUCGUAUGGGGGACAUGUGCAGGCGCUAUCCUCCUCGCUCAACAUGUUUCGAACCCGAAGAAAGGAGGCCAGGAAGUCCUUGGUGGUAUGACUCUGACUGUUGCGCGGAAUGGGUGGGGAUCCCAGGUCGAGUCGUUUGAAGCGCCGUUGGAGAUUGACGGGCUUCGUGAUUCGAAUAUACCCUUCAUUGGCAUAUUCAUCCGUGCACCGGUAAUCCAACACCUCACCCCCACCCCCUCCUCCCCCCCAAUAAAAAUCGUCGCCCGUCUCCCGCCCGGAAUCCUCCCCCCACCACAUCCAACCUCCACCUUACCCUCAACUGAAAUCGAAACCGCACAACCCCACCCCGACGAAACCAUCGUCGCACUCCGCCAAGGCCGUCAUCUGCUCACUACGUUCCAUCCCGAGCUUACAAGGGAUCAUCGGUUCCAUGAGUAUUUCGUGAAGGAGUGUGUGUUGCCGUUCGUUGAGUCUGAAUCGCCAUGA